UUGAAUAAAAUUUCAUAAUGGAAUGAAGUCUUUCUAAUUUCUAAAUAAAAAGUGAAUACUAAUAAUAAUUAAAUGUGUUAUACUUCAAAACUAUUUGUAAAAAUAAACUAUAUUUUUUAACUUAUUAUUUUACUCUAUUAUUGUUGUGGUGCUCCAACAUAUUAUAAAAAGAUCACCAAUAAAACAAAUCAGCUGUUAUCCGUCAAUCGAUGUCAACAAAAUUACAUAAUUUUGUUUAGAAAAACAGUGUAGCCUCCGUGUUUUUAGUGUCAUUUUGAAAUUUGCAAUAUGUAUUUUCAAUUGGUUGAUUUUAUGUAUAAAUUGCUAAAGUGAAUGUACGCCAUACGCCUUGCAAACAUUUGUGACUUUGUAAUUUUUUAUAUGAUGUAGUCCAAUAAAUAAUUAUUCGUUAUGGAUCAAAAUAAUAUUAUAGAGUCCGAUGGAUUUUAUUUCAUUCAUAAUUUUGAUUCGGGGAACCUUGGGCAUGUCGAACGGGUGCCAACAGAACUUAUAGCUCCCAGUUUGAACCCCAAGACCAAUGCAACUGAGAUACCCGAUUACGAAUUUAAUUUAUGGACCCGACCAGAUUGCGCAGGCACUGAGUUUGAAAAUGGCAACCGAACUUGGUUCUACUUUGGUAUACAAGCCAGUGAGCCUGGUGUACUGGUACGACUUAACUUAAUAAACCUAAACAAACAAGGAAAAAUGUACAACCAGGGCAUGGCGCCUGUAACGCGCACGCUUCCUGGGAAGCCUCAGUGGGAGCGAAUCAGGGAUCGUCCAGUACACUCAACGGAUGAUAACACCUUCACCCUGAGCUUCAAAUACCGAACAUCGGAUAAUCUGAAAGCCACAACGUUCUUCGCUUUUACUUACCCGUUCUCCUUUGCGGAGCUGCAGAUAGCUCUGAAUUCAAUAGAUCUGAAGAUGUUGCCGGUGCCACAGCCACAGUCGCCUGACGAAAUAUACUAUUGCAGAGAAUGUCUUAUAUAUUCUCUCGAAGGACGGCGUGUGGAUUUAUUGACAAUAACUUCACAUCAUGGAAUAACAACAGAAAGAGAAGAGAGACUAAAAAAUUUGUUUCCAGAUAAUCAAGAGAGACCAUUUAAAUUUUUAAAUAAAAAGGUUAUUUUUAUAUCGGCUCGGGUACACCCUGGAGAAACACCAUCAAGCUUUGUCUUUAAUGGUUUCCUCAACUUGCUGCUGUUACGACAUGACCCUGUCGCUAUACAGCUGCGCAAAAACUAUGUGUUCAAAAUGAUCCCGUUUCUAAACCCUGACGGUGUUGCCAGAGGUCACUACAGAACAGAUACCAGAGGAGUUAAUUUAAACCGCGUUUAUUUGAACCCUUCACUGGUCUAUCAUCCUACUGUGUACGCAUCAAGGGCACUUAUUAGGUACUACCAUUUUGGCUGUGAAAAAGAAGACAUCUGUGAAGACACUAAAAGCUUUACGUCGCGCAGUAUCCAGAACAUUAGCGAGAGCGCUGAGUUACUGGACUCUAAAAAGAAGAAAGGCUCGAUGACGUCAGCGUUCAAAGCCAACGAAUACAAGCGUGAGAAGUCUGCGAAAUCAGUUAGUGUCAAAUGCACGACCACCAUCAAGCAGCCAUCCGUUACUGACACCUCUAGAAAAGAAGCAAAGACUCUGAGCGGAGACACGGCACACCUCGCCGAACAGGUAUAUGACAUGAAACUCCAAGAGGUGCCGUCGCAGACAAGUGAUACUUUGAUAAAACCGUCAAACUCCAACAUUACGGAGACAAGUUCACUGCUCAAGGACUCAGUUCUGCGCUCAUGCCUCGGCUCCAACGUCCACUUGAGCACCAGCGAUGAACUGAAACUCCAGGGUUCCAACCCGCUCAGACCUUUACGGGACACGCUCAAGAAUAGUAUCAGUCUGUUGAUGGAAUCAAGCACUUCUGUAGCUGGGGAUAGUUCAAUAGGCGGUAAAGAGUCUCGACUGUCAAAUUUACGGAUCGGAUGGUGUCAGGAUUGCAGGCAAGCGGUCUCAAAGCUCGAGGACACCAUACCCGGCAUCACCAAGAUGGUGCCCGGUUACAGCGCUGCUUUGUUUCAACCUACCGAGACACCGGAGAAAGAUGCUAUGUAUUUCUGCACUAAUUGCUUCAAGAAAUACGUUAUUACAGAAUGUAAUGAAGAAAUUAAGGUGAGUUCGGGCCUGCAGACGGCGAGUGUGGCGGUGUCAGCCGGCGACAGCGGUGAUGCGCACCCGGAGGAGCCCGCACGGCCGGCCUCACCACCACGCGCGCCAAUUGCACCGAAGGAUGAGAAACUAAAGCCCCCAAUAAACAAACAAGUGAAAAAGAAGCCACCGGUCCCGGUCGUGACCACAAGACCCACUGCACCCAAAGACCCGGAAUCCGGACUGUUUUUGUACAUUGAUCUACAUGGACACGCCUCCAAGAAAGGUAUAUUCAUGUACGGCAACCACUUCGAGGACCUGGACACCUCUGUGGAGUGCAUGCUGCUGCCACGCAUCAUGUCGCUCAACAACCUGCACUUCCACUUCUCCUCGUGCAACUUCACCGAGCGGAACAUGUACCUCAAGGACCGCCGUGACGGCAUGUCUCGAGAAGGUUCAGGUCGCGUGGCUGUACUGAAGGCAACCGGCCUCGUCCGCUCGUACACGCUCGAGUGCAACUACAACACGGGCCGCCUCGUCAACGUGCUGCCGCCCGCACUCCGAGACGUAGCCGCGUCCGCGCCCGCGCCCGCUUCCGCUUCCGCCGCCGCCACCAUUCUGCCGCCCAAGUACACGCCUCACAUUUACGAGGAGGUAAGAAUGAGUCGUGCAAAGAAUCUGGAGGUUUUUGAAGAUAUAGACCCUAAGAAGGUGGGGCGGUCGCUGGGCGCGUCGAUCCUGGACCUGACGGGCCUCCACCCCAACUCGCGUCUGCCCGCCUCCGACCACCGCUCGCUGCCCGCGCUGCGAGACUGGCUGCGCGCGCACACACGCACUCUGCGCCCACAGCUCACCAUGUCACGAUUACGGCCUAAGACUUCAUCUCCUACACGGGUGCCACUUUUCGCGCGCUCUAAAGGCAAAGUGAUCGACGAACGCAAAGAGAACACCUAUGCCGGCGCAAAAACGGACUCGGAGCGUAAACGCAGUCCGCCAAUACUCGCGCAGCGGUCCGGUCACGAUAUCAUCAUGAACAUGAAGUACCUAAAGAAAAACGAACCGAUCAAAACAUCCCGCACCCGGUAUCUAACAGAGAACGAGCCGAAACCGAAGACGUUAUCGACGAAACGAAGAAAUGUACUUGCCGUUCGGAAACCGAAUUCGAGUAAGACUCAAGUCGGGGGGGUGGUGAAGGCGAAACUUAGCAGGCGGUCUGCGGACGACUCAGAGAGUCCGAGGACAUCGCUGGUGUCUACGAAACUGAGUAAACGUAGUUUUUCGCGGGGAGCUCGCGGACGAGUUAGUCGUGCGACACGCGCUGUCCGAGCGGGCGUGUCGUCCUCCUCUGAUGAUCUCGUGGGCGUGUGGGAGGACGUCGAAGGCGGGACAGCAUUGCACCCGCGCCCGGAGCCACUUCCACUGGCCGGCAAACGAAGACCCUUCCCCAACCCAUCGCCCUCCCACCUCAAGAAAAUAAGGUUAAAGACGGGCUUGUAGCGCAAACCACGCGCUAGACCUGCACCCGAGCACCACGUCUAGCGGGAUCUAGUCGGAGUGACUGCAUGAUUGCUUCAAUCAGUAUCUAGUUUGUUCUCUGGUGCCUUGUUAACACAGAUUACAUAUAUAUAUAGAGUGAAAACUUUCUAGGACUGUUGUAUAGUUGAACACAAGUAUUAACAAUACUGCAGACAUCACAGUUUGUCCUUAGAAGUGGUGAAAUUCAAAGUAUUUUUUCGUAUUGUUCAUGCUUUUGUUUGCUAACACCGCUUCCCAGAUUGAGCUGUUCCUCAAGCUUACACUCUAUACAUAUGUAGUCCUCUGUACUUGUAAAUACCGGUACAGAUUAUACAGCUUUUUCGAUACUCUGUGUUAAUAUAUAUUGAAUAUAUAUAAAACAAUAUACCUGUGCUCGUGUUCGUUCGUAACAAAUUCCACAAUAUAGUGUAUAUUAAUGUUUGUACCUUAAUACAUUGUAAAACUUUAUUUUGUAAUUAGAAAGAUAGCUUUCAGUUUCAUAAACAUUUCGAGUCUUGUUCCGAUUGUAUUUGAUUUGAAUAAUAUUUUAUUAUUCCUCGACUUGAAACAAGAACAUUGUAUUGAAUUGUUUUGUAAUGAUUUGUAACGUCCAGUGACCACUCAGGAUAUUGUCGUUAUGCCAUAAAAUAGCAUUCGCAAUUUUGUAAAAAUUAAAUGUAUUGAUAAAAUUUGAGCACUGAAACGUUUGCUGCACUCUAUUUGAUGUUUACCACCACGUUAGAAGAUAUACACGUUUAAUUUCUGUUAUGUAAAUUAUGUUUUCCGAGAUAAGAAUCCGACAAAACAUGUUAAGUACUUAUUAACCGUUUUUGUUUUUAACGUAUUGUAUAGUUAAUAUAAUUCGUAAUGAAUUUAAUAUUGCAGCUUAGGAUAUUUUGUUGACCCAAUGUUAUUACUUGACUGAAAUAUGUAAAAAUUAUUGUGUUCUCCCCUAGCAUAAUUUUUAUGGUAAUUGUAGCAUAAACUUUUUUGUAUAUUUAACUUUUGUAAUUUGAAUAACAAUUUUCAUAUAAAAAUAUACAAUUGUGUAAAAUAAUGUUUUAAAAGACAUAAACAUAGAAAAUGUAAAAUUUUGUGGUAAAUUGUAAAGUGUAAUGAAAUUGUAGUUGUGUAUAGUAGCUCCAGGAGCAACCUUUCUAUAUUAUAUGAUCUCAUAAAUUUGUGAAAUUUAGCAAAACGCGUGUACAAACGUGUCGAGUAUAUUAUAAAUGCACAUAUUUCUGUGUUAAUUGUAUUUUCUGGAAACUUUAUCAGGAUAAGUUGGUAAUGGUAUACUGACCGAGAACUCAAUGGUACCAAAUAGAAAUGAAUCGCUUUCUCUUGGGAACAUAGUCAAAAUAUGACAAUAUAUUUUUUAACAAUUACUGAUACACUAUUUUAUAUUUAAGUCCUAUUCAUAUUUCGACGAAAGCUGUAGACUACCUGUGUGCUAGUGUGCUAAACUACACCACUUUACUUCCGGUAGUCGUGGGUUUGAUUCUUCGCACGGUACAAAAAAUUGUAUUCAUGAAUAUAGUUUGUAUCGGUCUAGGUGUUUUCUAUGAAUAUUAUGUAUGUUUUUACAUAAAAUACUAGUACCCAUAACACUAGCUUUGUUUAGCUUGGAAUUAGAUGGCACUAUAAGAAUUGUCCAGGGAUAUUGUUAUAUUUGCAUUAUAUUCCUUGGGAAGAGUUGUACUAUUUCAUUAAUACUACUGAAAUUCAGAUUGGUAUACCCUUCCAACUUACCAAUAUAAAAUAGCUUUAUAUUAUAAUUAGUAAAUAAUAUUACAACAGGAACACUUGUUGAGCCGUAUCAAUAUUGUUAUUGUUUUUUUUUUGUAACAUGUCCACACAUAUUGCGUUAGAACGAGUCUGGGCAAGAUGCAAUUUAUUCCAAUUACUAACUCUUUACUUUUUUUUGAUUGCACUGUAGCAUACAUGUUGUAGCAUCAUAGUAAAUUAACGCUUUCAUAACGUAGAAGUGACGUGUUGAAAUGUGUUCAUAUUUACAGUGGGCCGGGAGAUGUAUUAUAUUAUAAUAUUUCAUUGUUUUAGCGCUAUAUAUCUAUAUAUAUACUAGUGAAUUUAAUAGAUAUGAAAGAUUGACUAUUUGUUCUUAGAACAAACAAGGAAUAUAGAGUAGGCAUCUUGGGUGUCCUAUAAUAUCCAGGAUGUUCUUCAUAUUUGUAGACAACGGUGAUCUGUUUCCGUCAGGUCGCCCGUAACUAGAUAAUUCCAUUUGAAUAUUUUUUUUAAUCACUACAUAAGUAAUUGCUAAUGAAUUUAAUUUCUUUAACAAUUUAAUCAUAUAUAUUAUAGUCGUAUAUUUCUGAUUUGCAUAUAUGUAAAAAGGCUUUAAAUAACAGUAUGUACAAGACUGCCAUAAUGUUUUUGGCGUGUAAGUGGUGUCGAACAUAUCUUUGGUACAGACACGAGGACCUAUACAAGUGGCAAACGAAUAUAUCGGUACUUGACAUGCGGCCAGCAACUUCUAACUUCUUGGCCUUACUCAUGAAUGCAGCAGCGAUAGAUACACUUGUUCAGGCUAUUAAAUGUUUUUAGACAUUGCAUAAUUUGUCACUUCUGCACGGGCACUGCGCAGAUUAACAAACGCGUGUGGACAGUUCCUUAUCUUCACAUAGAAUCUAUGCUCUUCUAUGUAUCCAUGUCGGUACAUAAGACAGUCCAAUAGUAGUGCAAUAUUUCUUUUAAUACAUUUGUAACAUGUUUGUAAUUUGAAUUUAUAUAAAAUAAAAUAACACUCGUUUACAUUGCAUCUUUCUAAAUUCAGAAUUAUAUGUAUCAUAAGAAUUGUUUGUUGUAGAAAAACAUAGUGUUAUUAAAAUAGUAACUAUUUAUUUAUCUCAAAUAAUAAUAUAUGAUAAAA